CACAUUUGGCAUUCAAACUGCCACAACUUGCUCACCACGCCAUCCUGUCAUGGUGUGACACGAUACUGACCCCCUCAAAGGAUUGAGAAUUCCUCAUUUCAAAGAUGGACGACCUGGCUGGCCUCGACUGGUCAGCGCCCACCAAGCCAAACCCAAACCCAAAUCCGCCAUCAGCCUUUCCUCCUUUCCGUCAAACUCCCCCGCCUCAGCUAUCCGGCCGCUCGACACCGCUCUCCGCGCAACAGUCCGGGUCAAUCCCAAGUCUAAAUCGAUCGCUCCAAGCGCCCUCGAAACCAGCUACUCCGGCAAACGAUAGCUUCGCUAGCUUGGUCUCCACCAAGACAUCAAAAGCCGCCACGAACAACCUCACACUCCAGGAGCGCCAAAAGCAAUUGCAGGAGGCGAGACUGCGGCAAGAAUCAGAGCAGAGGAAACGACUUGAUUCACAAUUUGGGGCCGCGGAUAACGUCUGGGAUUCAUUAGGUAGUGGGAAGAGUACCCCCGAGCCCACGUCGUCUGGCGGACAGCGCGCUACUGUGAAUAUCUCGGGGGCGCAGACUCUCUCAAAAACUAUCAAUAAGCCGUUUGCGGGUCUUGACACUUCUUUCAAACGACCUCUACAAUCACCACCUACUGAAGAUGAUCUUCUUUCGGCUUUCAACUCUGCAGCUCCUGUAGACUCUUCAAGCCACUUUCCCCCGCCAACCUCUUUUGAUAGUGGGCGCAGCACACCAGCAUUGAGUGCACACGCUUCUCGAGGUCAUACCCCACUACCUCAGCCAUCUACAAACUUCUCCGUAGAUGAUGAUGAUGAUAUAUUUGGCCUGAGCCAGCUGUCUCAGAAAAAUGUUACUAACGUCUCUCCACCCCCUGCCACAGAUGGCGAUGAUAUACUGGGUCUUCUCGCGAAGCCCGUCUCCGAAUUCCAAAAGAAACCCGAUCCAACUCCAGUUGCACCGGAGCAACCUUCGGAACCACGGCGCGAGCCUUCUCCAGUUGAGACCACUCCCUUCGACAAAGCCGUGGCUGAGUUGGUCGACAUGGGGUUUCCCACAGACAGGUCGGCCAUUGCAUUGGCUCAAACGGAGUCUGGUACCGAUGUCCAGGCUGCGGUUGGAUGGCUUCUGAACCAAGCCCACGAAGAAGCCAGACAGAAAACUCAAGAGCGUGGGGGAAGUAGACCUCGCCAUAGUCCAGAUGCCCACGAGGACCGAUAUCAUCGAGCUCCUGAAAGAUCCACCGCAAGGGACUCAAGUAGCGGUGGUUCUAAGCCUGCGUGGAUGCGAGGAGAUGAUGCACGUAGUCGCUCGGGUCAACGUAAACAGGAUGGACAGUCGACAACGCAGGAAAAGGAUGUCUCGCAAUACGCUUCGGAGCUUGGAAGUACCCUUUUCAAAUCGGCGAACUCGCUGUGGAAAACGAGCCAGAAAAAGGUGCAGAAAGCGGUCGCAGACUUUCAGCAAGAUAGCGAUCCAAAUAUGCCGAAAUGGAUGAGAGAAGCACAAAUCCACUCCCAAUGCGAAGGUUCUGGGUCACGUGAUGAGACUACAGGAUUGCCAAGUGGAGUCCGCAAAGGCGCUCCAGACAGAGCCACAUCAGAUGCAACAAACGAAGCCAUGAUGUUGGAGUCAGGCUCCCGGCCUGGUAAAUCGUCGCGCCAAAGUGAAACUCGGCCCACACCUGACCCUCACAUACUCCGGACUCGGCGUGGGCCAGAGGAAGCCAGUAACGGAGUUCCUAAUCGCAUGUCCUCACAGUCUCCUUCUCUACGGCAGCAACCUCCAUUCGUUGACAAGAGGCCAGCCACCAAGCUGACUCGUCAAGUCGUAGAAGAACAAAGCGCACAAGCUUAUGUGAGUCCCGCACGACGUAGGAGGGCCACUCCGCAAACGGAAUCGUUCUCGACGAACAAGUCAAGUCCACCCACAUCUUCGUCACGCCAAUCGCCAGCAAGUCAAUCCAACAAUCCUUUCCUCCAGGGCACAUCUGCAUCCAAGAAUAGAAGUCCAGCAGCCACCCCUCCUGCCCCCAAGCCAAGACCACCCCCUCGCCAAAUCCCCCCGGUAUCAUCAUCUGCCCUCAACUCUUCUGCUGCCUACCGGCAACAGGGCUCCGAAGCCUUCAAACGUGGCGACUAUUCGGCGGCUCAUACGGCUUACUCAUCAGCGUUAUCACCACUUCCGCAGACCCACCCAAUCACUAUCAUCGUCCUUUGCAAUCGAGCCGUGACGAAUAUCAAGGUGGGUGAUCCUAAGGCCGCAGUAUCUGAUGCCGAUGCUGCUUUAGCAAUCAUCGGAGUUUCUAAGGGAGAUGGCGAGAAAAUUGCUUUAGGAAGUACGGAGGGAGAGAAAGAUAUGAAGGAGUUUUACGGCAAAGCUCUCAUGCGGAAAGCGGAAGCACUCGAGCAUAUGGAGAAAUGGGCCGAUGCGCUUAAGAUCUGGAAAGAAGCUGUAGAGGCUGGUGUGGGAGGGGCAAUAAGCAUUCAAGGAAGAAAUCGAUGCGACAAGGCUGUAGAUGGCGGUAGUGGUCCGCCUGCCGUAGAGAAACGAGCUCCGGUCCGAAAACCACCUCCUCCCAGACCAUCCGCUCUCUCAGAUCUAAGUGGAGGGCCUGCGGCAGAGUCUGAAGCUGUGAAGAAACUAAAGGAGGCAAAUGCUGCAGCUGAAAAGGCAGAUGACGAAAAAUUUGCACUUACGGACCAAGUUGAUGCUACGCUAACAGCUUGGAAAGGUUCAAAGGCUGACAAUUUGCGAGCCCUUCUCGGGUCAUUAGAUAAAGUCUUGUGGCCUGAAGCAGGAUGGAAAAAAGUCAACAUGGGCGACUUGGUCAUGCCAAAUAAGGUCAAGAUCAUAUACAUGAAGGCUAUUGCCAAAGUACACCCUGACAAGAUUUCACAAACAGCCACGACGGAGCAACGCAUGAUCAGCGCUGCUGUGUUCAGCACCCUGAACGAAGCGUGGGACACAUUCAAGAAGGAAAAUGGACUGUAGACGAUGUCAAGCAUGGGAAACAGUAGGGGUUAGAUCACUUCAACUUGGCAUUGGGAGCGUUAUUGGAUGCAAUUAUAGCGAUGCAUGACAUGAGUUAUGAAGGAGAUGGCAAGGUCGUCGAACCAUUCCCUGGUAUAUGGU